AUGAUGUUUUCCUUCACAUCUCUUGGUGGGAAGGUUGACAAAAGUUAUCAAAGAGGUAAAGGUCCUUAUGUAUUUAGACUACAAGGUCAGAAUUAUCAUCGAAUGGGUAGUCUACUUCCGGACGAUGGGGAAGAACCUAAAUUCUCCCAGCUUUACAUAUAUGAUUCACAAAACGAAGUUGUAAAUCGUCAAAAAGCAGUAAGUUCUCACAUAGAAUGCAAAACUACAAGAAACAACCAGCUUGAUAGUACAACCACAGAGGGUCUUAAAGAUAUGUUGGAUUCUUGCAAUCCUCUUGUCCAAUCCUUCAGAAUGGUAAGAGAUUGUUUUCAAGAAAAUGAGUUUCAAGAUGUAAGCUUGAAGCUUAUUGGAACAAGAUAUAAGGAUGGAAGAGUUCACAAUUUGCCAACAGCAUCAGAAAUUGCUGCUUUAAUACAUGGUGAUUUUGAUGGAGCAUUUGAUAAAAGGGACAUUGUUGUUAGAAAGAAGUCUGGUGGUCUUCAAAGAAUUAAUGAGCUUCAUCCCUCUUACCUUGCUUUGCAAUAUCCACUUAUUUUCCCAUAUGCUGAAGAUGGUUAUAGAGUUGGUAUUAAACAUAGAGGGAUUGCGAUUGAUGAUGAGGUACUUAGAACCAAUCUUACAAUUAGAGAAUUCUUUUGUUACAAAAUUCAAGAUAGACAGAAUCAGUUUUCAUUGUUAGUUAAUGCGAAAAAACUAUUUCAGCAGUUUUUGGUUGAUGGAUACACGAUGAUAGAAUCUGCCAGGUUGAAUUAUAUAAGGACACAACAACCUAAACUUAGAGUGCAAAAUCUUAAGAAUUUGAAUGCUACUGUUGAAAGUGGAGAGAAUAAUGCCUCAAGUUGUGGUAAACCUAUACUUUUACCUUCAUCAUUUACUGGUGGUUCUAGAUAUAUGAUGCAAAAGUACUUGGAUGCUAUGGCAAUUUGCAAGUCUGUUGGAUAUACCUAUUUAUUCAUAACGGUGAUUUGUAAUCCAAACUGGCCUGAGAUUUACAGGUGUUUGCACGAUAAAGCUCUUAAUGCUGAAGACAGACCGAAUAUUAUCUCUAGAAUAUUCAAGUGUAAAUUGGAUCAUCUUAUAAAAGAUUUCAAGAAACAUAAAUUCUUUGGUGAUAUACAAGCAGCCCACUAUUCAAAAAUUUCAGUUAUGUAUACAGUGGAAUUUCAGAAGCGUGGACUCCCACAUGCUCACAUAUGUUUGUUCUUGGGUGCUGAAAGCAAAUUUCUAAAUGCAUCUGAUAUUGAUCGUGUUAUUACUGCUGAGAUAGCAGAUAAAGAAAGAGAUCCUGAAUUAUAUGAGCUUGUCAAGCAAUUUAUGAUUCAUGGACCAUGUAGUACAGACAACCCACUUUGUCCAUGUAUGGUUCAGCAAAAAUGUCCUAAAAAGUUUCCCAAAAAAUAUGUAGAUGAGACUUGUGUUGAUUCUGAAGGAUAUCCUGUCUAUCGUCGCCGUCAAACAAGUAAUACGGUAGUAAAGAAUGGUGUGACACUUGAUAAUAGAUUUGUAGUUCCUUACAAUGCUCUCCUUCUCAGAAAGUAUCAGUGCCACAUUAACGUUGAAUGGUGCAACCAGUCAGGUUCUAUCAAAUAUUUGUUUAAAUAUAUUAAUAAGGGGCCUGAUAGAGUGACUGCUUCUGUUUUUCAAGCCAAUAUCACCAAGAAUAAUACGGAACAGAAUGUAGUUGUAGAUGAGAUAAAAGCAUACCUUGAUUGUAGAUAUAUCUCUGCUUGUGAAGCUGCUUGGAGAAUAUUCAUGUAUGAUAUACAUUAUAGAUAUCCAGCUGUUGAAGUAUUACCUUUUCAUUGUGAAGAUGGUCAGAGUAUUGUGUAUAACGAUCAUGAUAAUUUGUGUGAUAUUGUUACUGAUCCAACUGUGAAAAUGACAAUGAUUACAGAGUGGAUGAAUUGUAAUAAAGUCGAUGAAUUUGCCAGGACAUUGAGGUAUGUUCAAUUUCCGGGAUAUUAUGUAUGGAAUGCUAAAAAUCGCAAAUGGAAUCGAAGAAAGCAUCCGUAUGGAUCAAUUGGGAGGGUACAUUAUGUCCCACCAUCACUUGAUUUGGAUCUUCAACAGGAAGAACUUGAAAAUAUCUGUCUAUCUGAAAUUGAAAAGUUGCUUCUUACCAAUGGAAGUACAGUGAGAAAUUUUGAUGAUAUGCCAAGUGUUCCGGACAAUUAUGUUUCAUCGUCGAACAAUCGAUUGAUAAUGAAAGAAUUAUCGUAUGACAGACUAGCUCUUCAAAGGGAACAUGAUCGUUAUGUAAAGUGUUUAACUGCCGAACAGGAAAAGAUAUAUAAAAUUGUUAUGGAAGCGAUUGAAAAAGGUGAUGGAGGUGUGUUUUUUGUAUAUGGUUAUGGUGGAACUGGAAAGACGUUUCUUUGGAAGACAUUCUCAGCUGCAUUACGAUCAAAAGGUGAAGUUGUAUUGAAUGUUGCAUCCAGUGGAAUUGCUUCACUUUUGCUGGAUGGUGGUAGAACUGCUCAUUCAAGGUUUGUAAUUCUAAUCAACAUUAAUGAGAAUUCAAUAUGUUCGAUAGAGCCAAAUACUGAGUUAGGUGAUUUAAUUAAAAGAGCAAGAUUGAUUAUUCGGGAUGAAGCACCUAUGACUCACAAGCAUUGUUUCGAGGCUCUUGAUAGAACAAUGAGAGACAUAUCACGUUCCAGUCAACCGAACAUGCAAUCGAAGCCGUUUGGGGGAAAGGUCAUUCUAUUUGGUGGUGAUUUUAGACAAAUUCUUCCGGUCAUCCCUAAAGGUACCAGAACAAUGAUAGUCAAUGCUUCUUUGAAUUCUUCUUAUAUAUGGCGGCACUGUAAAGUACUAAAGCUAACUGAGAGUAUGAGAUUAAGAGUUGGUUGUCAGGAAGCAGAUUUGAAAGAAAUAAAGGAAUUUGGAGAAUGGAUUUUAAAGCUUGGUGAUGGUCUGCUUGGUGAAGAAAAUGAUGGUGAGAUUGAUAUUGAAAUACCAGAUGAUUUACUUAUAUAUAUAUCCGGACAUGAAUAA